UUUGCAUUAGGAUACAUGGUGGUACUUACAUAGGAUAUAGAAUACUAAGGGUUGUAUAACUAUACUUAUUUUAUACAGGGAUGUCGUUUGGUACUUUUGUUCGCUUCGGAACUUGCAUCAUUUGGCAUUUAGAGUAACAAUUCUACUACCGGUUAUGAGAAAAUGGCAUUGGCAAAGAGACCACAUGGUCCAAAUAUUUUGAUAACAGGAACACCUGGCACAGGAAAGUCCACAUUAGCAGCAGAACUUGGUCAGAAAACAAACCUGAAAUAUGUCAAUAUAGGGGAGAUUGCAAAGGAGGGUCAGUUAUAUGAAGGAUGGGAUGACCAGUAUCAGUGUCCGAUUCUGGAUGAAGACAGAGUAAUAGACGAACUAGAGGAAGUAAUGUCUGCAGGGGGAAAUAUUGUGGAUUACCAUGGAUGUGAAUUCUUUCCUGAAAGAUGGUUUGAUAUUGUGUUUGUUCUCAGAACAGAUAAUACAGUGCUGUAUGAAAGACUGGAGAAUAGGGGCUACACAGGAAAGAAAUUGGAAGACAACGUCCAAUGCGAAAUAUUCCAGACCAUCUUGGAUGAAGCUAGAGACUCAUAUAAAAUUGAAAUUGUGCACGAAUUGCCCAGCAACACCCCAGAAGACCUAGAGGAUAAUUUAGAAAAAAUCUCUGCAUGGAUUCAACAAUACAUCACAAACCAAGGAGGGGUUGUAUAACCAAUGGCUAGUCAAAGAAGUGGAGUUUUCACAGACGUUACUGCCCAUCCACGUUUCUUGUAAUUUUACUUUUGCUCGUUCUGUAUUUCAUGUUUUUGAUUGCUUGUAUGUGUAAUGACUGAAAUUGACAUACGUAUUGACAGCCAGAGAGCUUUAGUUACGGGUGUACAUUUUCAUGCAGUGGUAUUUAUAAAAAGUUUGAAUGUCUUCUUUGUCUAAUGAGCAAUGACAACACUACUGGGUGGUAUUCUUUUUAUAUAACGUAACGAUGAAGUCGGGAAUUUUUUUCUUUAACCCAAAUGAAUUUUACUGGAAAAUCUUUAUUAGGUGUGCCAUGUGAUGCAGUUUAUCUAUGCAGAUUUAAUUUUGCAUUUCUGCAUUAAGAUUAUUGAAAUAGUCAUUUUGUUAAAUAUUAGCAUAUAACAGUAUAGAAUGUUUGUAUGCUCAAGCGUAGUACAAGUAUUGAAAAUUUAUUUUUUGAAAUUUGUAUUUGUUUACAAUACAACAUUUAAAAAUGUAUUGUACAAAGUAUGUGUAGGAUGUUCUUGAUCUUUUUUUAUGCUCGAGGUAACGACUUUAAUAUUUUCAUUUCUUAAUGACGCUCUAUUACCGUAAACAUUCCUGGUAUGGUGUAUUGGUUGUCAGUGAAAAGAAAUAAUAAUGAUUAUCUAUGAUAAAUGUAAUGAACGUAUUAAACCUUUCAUUGCAGUUUGUUACAUUGUAAAUUUUACAGGACACAUUUCAGAUUUUUCAUUCUGUUUUUUGUUUUGUUUUUUUUUGUUUUGUUAUUUUAAUGGAUAUAAAGUUGAACUGCUUUUUUUAGUAAUUUAAAAAUCCUGUUUUAUCGGAUAAGUUGAACUGCUUUUUUUUAAGUAAUCGAGUUGUAUAAAAAACGAAUUGAACCUAUAUCAAUUAGGAACAAUUACUGAUCUUGUGUGCACUCUUAUUAAAAUUUCAUUUUAUUUUUUAGUUUAUUUUUGUUAACAUUAUGAACUUUAAAAAAAAGAAAUGUUGAUUUAAUUUAGAUAUGAAAAAAAUAAAAAUGAUUAAGUAAC